GUGGGAGGGCGCCAAUUGAGACUUGGUUCUGAGGGCAGCAGGGAGCCAUGGGAGGAGUUGGAGCAGAGCAGGAGCAGGGUCAAGUGCAGGUGCUGCAGGCAGGACAGAGUGGACUCGAAGCCGGAAGCUGAGGAGGAGGAAGCCCGAACUGAGGCCAAGGCCAUCAGAGGUGGGACUCUCUGAAGGGUCACCUCACCCUCCUCCAAGAAGUCUUCCUGGCUGCCUUCCCCCACGGGUUUGCUACCACCACGUUUCCACUGGGACUCCUUUCUCGCCAUCUUCACCUCGCAUGUGGGGAGUGCGGAGUCAGAUGGGACCAGCUGACGAGGACCAGUGGGGUGGGGGUGGCUGGCUCUGCCACUAGAUUGGGGGUGGGGGCACCUCCCUCUGGGUCUGGCUUCCUUCCCCGCCCAGGAAGCUGCCAGUCCUGUCGGACUUGUCGACCUGGGAGGCACAGGUGCAGGUCCUGGAGUCUCGCUGCAGUGGCCUCACAGGUGCGGCCAGCACCAUGGACACCUCACGGGCUCUUCUGCCCUUCCUGCUCCUGGCCUCCGGAGCAGCAGGGGUCGUCACCCACAGAGCCUCUUCUGGAGUUCAGCAAACCAGUUUCUCCUUGGACUCCGAAAGCUCUUUCCAGGGCCCAGGUUCGAAAGUCUCCUCCAUCAAACCCCCCGACUGGAAAUUUCCAGAGCAGUCUCCAGGUUCAAAAACCACUGCUGCUAUCCCUCAUUCCACACGGUUUCCUGAGGCCUCAAAUUUUAACGACGUGCCUAGGUCAAACGUUUCUGCUGAGGGCCAAAAGUUGAGCCCGGAUCCUCCUACCUUCCCUGAGGUCCCUGGUUCCGAAGUAUUUCCUGAUAUCUUGGGUUCUCAAGUUCCUGCCGAAAACUCGGAGCCGUCCUCGGUUAAGACCCCAGCUUCAAACAUUUCUGCUCAGGCCCUGGAGACUGAAGUUGAGACCCCACGUUCACAAUUCUCCCCUAGGGAUCAGGAUCUUAAAAUAUCUGCCCAGAAGCCCGAAUCCAAAGCAACUGCAGUAGCCCACCCAGUGGAAAGCUUCCCCCAGCAGGUGGGGAGGCCUCUGUCGGUGCUAGUGGGGACCACCAUCCAGCUCCCUCUGGUUCCAGUUCCCAGCCUUGGCCCUCCUGCGCCUCUGGUGGUCUGGCGCCGAGGCUCCAAGGUGCUGGCAGCUGGAGGCCUGGGGCCGGGGGCCCCCCUGAUCAGCUUGGAUCCUGCUCACCGGGACCGCUUACGAUUCGACCAGGCCCAGGGGGGCCUGGAACUUGCCUCUGCCCAGCUAGAGGAUGCUGGGGUCUACACUGCUGAGGUCAUUCGGGCUGGGGUCUCCCGGCAGAUUCGGGAGUUCAUGGUGGAUGUAUAUGAGCCCCUGCCCCAGCUGUCUGUGCAGCCCGAGGCCCCGGAGAUAGAGGAGGGGGCGGCCGAACUCCGGCUGCGCUGCAGAGGGUGGGGGCCGGGUCGCGGGGAGCUGAGCUGGAGCCGGGACGGACGCACCCUGGAGGCAGCGGACCCUGAGGGAGCGGAGCCACCGCGGAUCCGCACAGAGGGCGACCAGCUGCUCAUCGGGCACCCUGUGCGCAGCGACCACGCCCGGUACACUUGUCGCGUCCGCAGCCCCUUCGGCCACGCGGAGGCUGCGGCCGACGUCAGUGUCUUCUACGGCCCGGAUCCUCCGGUCAUCAAGGUCUCCUCGGACCGCGACGCCACCCCCGCCCUCUAUGUCACCAAGGGCAGUAACGUGACCCUGCGCUGCUCCGCCGCCUCGCGGCCGCCCGCCGACAUCGCGUGGAGCCUGGCCGACCCGACGGAGGCCGCCGUGCCCGCCGGCCCGCGUCUCCUGCUGCCCGCGGUCGGGCCGGGCCACGCCGGCGCCUACGCCUGCCUCGCCGCGAACCCGCGCACGGGCCGCCGCCGCCGUUCUCUGCUCAACCUCACCGUGGCAGAUCUGCCUCCGGGGUCCCCACAGUGCUCAGUGGAAGGCGGUCCAGGGGACCGCAGCCUCCGCUUCCGCUGCUCGUGGCCCGGCGGGGUCCCCGCGGCCUCCCUGCAGUUCCAGGGUCUCCCUGAAGGCGUCCGCGCAGGGCCGGCGCCCUCUGCGCUCCAGGCGGCUGUCCCCGCUCACCCCCGGCUCAGCGGCGUCCCCGUCACCUGCCUCGCUCGCCACCUGGUGACCACGCGCACCUGCACGGUUACCCCGGAGGCCCCUCGGGAGGUGCUGCUGCGUCCUGCAGUGGAGGAAACACGGUCGGGGGAGGCAGAGGUGGCGCUGGAGGUCACUGGCUGUCCUCCACCAUCCAGAGCAUCUUGGGCCCGGGAAGGGCGGCCCGUGGCCCCAGGAGGAGGGGGUCGCCUGCGGCUCAGCCCAGAUGGGCGCAGGCUCCUCAUUAGCAACUUCAGCCUGGAUUGGGACCUGGGAAAUUACUCCGUGUUGUGUAGCGGGGCGCUGGGUGCCGGGGGCAACCAGAUCACCCUCAUUGGACCUUCCAUCUCCUCGUGGAGGCUGCAGAGAACCCGGGAUGCAGCAGUGCUGACUUGGGAUGUGGAACGCGGGGCCCUGAUCAGUGGUUUUGAGGUCCAGGCACGACCAGAAGGCCCCAACCUGGGUAGAGCCACCACCUACAGGGACUGGAUCACCCUGCUCACCCUGGAGCCUCAGGAGCGGUCAGCUGUGGUGCCCCUUCCUCAUCGGAGCCCUGAGACCUGGGCCUUCCGUAUCCUGCCCACCCUGGGGGGCCAGCCAGGGACCCCAUCACAAAGCCAAAUCUACCAGGCCCGCCCCACCCUGAGCCCAGGGGCCAUUGCUGGCAUCGUCCUGGGUUCCCUACUGGGCCUGGCGCUCCUGGCAGCGCUUCUCUACCUGUGCAUCUGCUGCCUGUGCAGCUUUAGGGGAGACUCUCUGAAGAAAAAGAAGCAUCCCCCCUCUUUGCCACCUGUGGUUCCCCCACUGGAAAAGCAGAUGCAGAGUGUAACCCCAGUGCAGACGCCACUGCCUCUGCCCCUCAAAGUCCCGCUGGAGGACCCUAGCCCAAACAAGGCUCACCAGGCCACUGGCCCCAGUCCAGUCAUCUCUCUGGGUGGGGGCCCAAGGACUGUUCGGGCAGCCACACAGGUGUGACCUGCUUUGCACAGGAUUUUUUUGGGUAGGACUUCCUGGUAGGCAGGGCCAUCCUGUCCUGCUGUGACUAAAGACUGGACCCUGAAAGUGGGGCCUCCUGUCUCCUUCUCAGUGCAGAAGACUCCACUUGUAUUUGCACAACCAAGCCGCUGUGGCUCCUGGGCUGGGAGAGACCCCCGCUGAUCUACCACUGUGGUUUGCACACCCUCUAGGCAAGCGAGGGGCCUUCCUACGUCCACUUGCUUCUCCAGGCCACCCCCAUGCAGCUCCCAGGGUCUUUGUCUUUUUUUUGUUUUUUAAUGUUUACUUUUGAGAGAGAGCGUGUGCAAGUGGGGGUGGGGUAGAGAGAGAAGGAGGCAG